AACAACUGCGGCACCCGUCGUCAGGUAUUUAGCUGUUAAUGGUCCGCCCGCUCUCACAGACCACUGGACAGUCAGUCUACCAACAGUGCUUCUUUCACCUCAAGUUCACUCCCCUUUUUCCACCGAGUUUCCGACACAUGCCUGCGUGGCGACAUCGAAACCUGAUGGUGAAUCGUUCUUUAAAAAACGCCUUCAAUUCGGGAAUGCAUCCUUGAAAACUAUCACAUACUUAUUGAUUUGUCUUCUUGUAGGGCGUGCGUGAGUCUCUCCAGAAUCUACUGGGAGUAAUUCCGCAAUCGCUUUCGCGAGAUCUUCAUCGAAAAUCCCUGGUCUUCCUUCCUUGUAAGGCGUGCGUGACAUUCCGUCCGAAUCUGCCCUCCGUUCGGGGCUAGUUCCAAGAACAAUUUUAUAAUAAAUUCCUGAUUUUUGUUUCUUGUACAGCGCGCGGUAGUCCUCGAAGUGCGUGUAUGUGGCAAUGCCUGACAAAUGGAGCGUUAAACCGUCAUUGAUCGCUCGAAGCACCUUCAACCCGAUUCGGGACAUCGUCGACAACCUGAAAAUCGAACCGAAUCCCAGCAAGGAGUUCAUUCCGCUUUCGCUCGGUGAUCCCACAGUUUUUGGAAAUUUGGGACCUGCCCAAGAAGCUGUAGACGCUGUGAUAAAAAGUGCAGCAUCAUAUGGACAUAACGGAUACACGGCCUCUACAGGUAACAUGAAAGCAAGAGAAGCCGUUGCUCAGUACAGCUCUACCGAUGAGUAUACGGUGAAACCAGAGGACGUGAUAAUAUGCAGCGGAUGUUCUGGAGCUCUAGAUCUUUGUAUCACCGCUCUGGCGAAUCCAGGAGACACCAUCCUCGUCCCCAGACCAGGGUUUUCCAUCUACCGGACCCAAGCAGAAGGACUUGGCAUCAAAAUUAGAUCCUACAAUUUACUGCCCAGCAAAGGAUGGGAAAUAGACUUGAUUAAUUUAGAAAAUCAAUUAGAAAAAUAUAAAUGUGCAGCUAUUGUGAUAAACAAUCCAUCGAAUCCAUGCGGCUCGAAUUACAGCAUUCUCCACCUGAGAGAUAUCGUGAAUACGAUAAGUCGAUAUCAUGUACCGAUUAUUGCUGAUGAAAUUUACGAGCACUUGGUUUUCCCGGGCGAAAAAUUCCAUCCGCUUGCAUCCGUGUCCGCGGAUGUCCCUAUAUUGUCCUGCAGUGGGCUGACUAAAAGAUUUUUAUGUCCCGGUUGGAGACUAGGCUGGAUUGUAAUUCAUGAUAGGCACGACAUCUUUGGGAAAGAGAUGCGCACAGGUCUACAAAAUCUAAGCACCAGGAUAAUUGGAGCGAAUACAAUUGUGCAAGGGGCUUUACCAGACAUUCUUGCAAAAGUCCCGGAAGAGUUCUUCGAUAACGUCAUCGAUACUUUACAGAAACAUGCGAAAGUCGCGUAUGAUCUCCUCAGUCAAACAAAAGGAAUUAAGCCUGUGAUGCCUCAAGGUGCUAUGUAUAUGAUGGUUGGUGUGGACAUGGAUCACUUCCCGGACUUUUCUAGUGACCUCGAGUUCGUCGAAAAGAUGGUCGGUGAAGAAUCUGUGUUUUGUCUCCCCGGCAAGUGUUUUGAUUACCCUUCUUACUUCAGGAUCGUCCUGACAGUUCCAGAGCACUUGUUAAAAGAGGCAUGCCAAAGGAUCAGGUCUUUUUGCAACAAGUAUUAUGACGAAGAUAAAAAAAUGAACGAAAUCAAUAUGAACACGUAUAACAAUAUUAAUACACAAACGUACACGUGAGAAGCUCAAGCCCGUUCAAAGUUCUGAGUAAUUGCGCAUCCGAAAGACGCUACUCUCCCUUAAUUUGAUUUUAAAAAAAUGUAUCUGUUCGUUGUAUUCAGCUUGGAUCCGAGAUAUUCUUCAUCGAUCAUUUGUAUUAGAGAUGUUACUGUCUAUUUUUAAAGUUUGUUUUUUAAUUUGUAAUGAUGAAAAACAACGCGAAGUUCACAAGAUAAAGGGGUAGUAUUUUUUCUCCCUACCCCAUGCAGUAGCCAAAAUAUCAGUAUCAGAUCCGCAAUACGUGGAGACUAUAUUCGAUACGUGUUUGGAAAGAAAACAGUUUUUUUCAUUAAAAAAAGUAAUCUUAAUAUUGUUCGAAAUUCAAUUCACGAAUACGAUAGCCAUUAGUCCUCUUUUGUCCAAAAGUAUCAAUCUUCAUCGCGUGUCUCUGAUUUUUAUCGAUUUAUGGGUUUCGAAAUUGUCUCUUCACCUUGUCUUUAUGAAAAAAGAAGAAGAAAAAAUACUCCAUUUACCGUACAAUUUUCAUAGGAUGUCGAUAUACUUUCGAGUCAUUGAUACUUUAUUCAGCCUCUGCCUUUCAUUAAUUUUUACAAGCCAAAAUUGAAGCCUAAAUUCAUUCUUAACAUACCUAUUACAUGUCCUUCAAGCCUUUCACAUCUAUAUAUAAUGACCUGCAUACAUGUAUCAAAGUUAUGCUUCGCCCUCUCUUCAACUGUCAAAUACUGGCAUUUCAGUUUCGAGAUAUUAUCUAAGCGUUAAGUCCCAAAUUUCAGUACUCAGUUUUGGGAGGGAAUGAGGAGUUUAUGGCAGCUGAUUGUAGAAGCAAUAAUUCCUCUUUCUCGAAGAGAACGAGGUUUGAAAUCGAAUAAUGCGGAACCCCAUUAAAAAAUGUUGAGUUAUGGAAAUAAUUGGAAAGACUUGUCAAAGGUGACGUGUUACUACCACCUACUCCAUAUAUCCUCUUUUGUCAUAGUGUGUAUAUUUUAUGUAAAUAUGUAUUUUUAUGUUAAAUUUGUCUUGAAUAAAGAGAAAAUCACACCA